AUGACGUUGUAUUAUUCACUUGUUUUCAGCCUUCUUGUAAUUCAGAUGGCAUUAUUUUGUCUUCUUGUUAUGCCAUUGCCUAAGCGUCUGCGGCGGCGUAUGUUUAGUUUUAUCUCAACAUCGACUAUUAUUGCAAAAAUCCGCUAUGGUUCAAAGGUGUGUUUAAAAUUGCUUAAUAUUAGAAAUCUAAGAUUGGCUGACGUUCUGAUUAAGAUUACAUUUAUUUUUAUUCUUGUUUUGUUUUUUGAUUCAGUAAAUCGUGUGUUCCGGGCAGCAGAUGAUGCAAAACCAGGUGCAGGAGGGGCUCUACGGGAUGUAUAUCGUAGUGAUAUACAGGCACGGAAGUUUUAUUCUCAAAGAAAUAUGUAUCUUUGUGGAUUUACGCUUUUUCUUAGUUUGAUCAUUGACCGUGUAUAUGGGUUAACGUUACAAGUGUUUAAAUAUGAAGAUAUGGUGAAUGCAAUGAAAGAAAUGAGGAAUGAUGAAACAAGGUCAAAAGCGUUGAUAGAUGAAAUUACGGAGCUGAAGCAGCGGAUUAUAGAUAAAGAUAGGGAGUAUAGUGAGCUUUCAGAACGAUAUAGUAAGGAAACACGGACAGGUGAGGAUAAAAAGAAUAUGUAA